CUCCUCCUCCUCUUCCCAAGAGCCGGGGCAGCGCCGCGACUGCAAGAGCCAUGCUCCGCUGCCAUCUCCAGCGGGCCUGCAGCCUGCCCGGCUCAGAGCGGGGCGACAAGCGCAGCGACCCGGUGGCCAGCCUGACUUUCCGAGGAGUGAAAAAAAGAACGAAGGUAAUCAAGAACAACACCAACCCGGUCUGGAAUGAGGGCUUUGAGUGGGACCUGAAAGGUGUCCCGUUGGACCAGAAUGCUGAGCUCCAUGUGGUGGUCAAGGAUCAUGAAACCAUGGGCAGAAACAGGUUUUUGGGGGAAGCCCACGUGGCCCUCCGGGAUGUCUUGGCCUCCCCCAAUCUGGCUGCCAGCUUCAAUGCCCCUCUGCUGGAUGCCAGGAGGCAGAGCACGGGGGGGUGUCUGAUCCUCCAAGUCUCCUACACUCCACCCCCGGGAGCAGCUCCUUUCUUCCCUCCUCCGGCCCCUCCGGAACCAAAUCUGACUCUCCCUGAGCUGGACACGGUGACAGACACAGGGGGAGAAGAAGACAGUGAGGACCAGCUGGGCACUGAAGAGGAAGCGGAGCCUUCUGCGAGACCCUCUGCUCCCGAUCAGCCUUCCUUGCCCAAAAGGCCCCCAUCCCAUGUUCUUCCUGCAAGCAAGAGAAGGAAAAGCACUUCUCGGAAGCUGCUCUCCAACAAACCGCAGGAUUUCCAGAUCCGGGUGCGUGUCAUUGAAGGGAGGCAGCUCUCUGGGAUCAACCUCAAGUCUGUGGUGAAGGUGACGGCGGUGGGGCAGACCAAGAGAACUCGGAUCCGGAAAGGAAACGGCCCCUUUUUUGAUGAGACCUUUUUCUUCAACGUCUUUGAAUCCCCCGUGGACCUUUUCGACCAGCCCAUCUUCAUCACGGUUGUUGACUCUCGUUCUCUCCGGACGGACUCUGUCAUCGGAGAAUUCCGAGUGGACGUUGGAGCAAUUUAUGCUGAAGCCAGGCAUUGCUUCCUCCGGAAAUGGCUGCUGCUGUCAGAUCCAGAGGAUUUCUCGGCCGGCGCCAGAGGCUACCUGAAAGUCAGCUUAUACGUCCUGGGUCCUGGGGACGAAGCCCCCAUGGAGAAGAAGGAAGCUGCCGAGGAGAAAGAGGACAUCGAGGGCAACGUCUUCAAGCCGCCCGGCGUGGCUCUCCGUGGAGCCCACUUCUCCCUCAAGGUCUAUCGAGCAGAAGACCUGCCCCAGAUGGAUGAUGCCGUGAUGGACAGCGUCAAGCAGAUCUUCGGCUUUGAAAGCAACAAGAAGAACCUGGUGGAUCCCUUUGUGGAAGUUACCUUUGCAGGGAAAACGCUGUGUAGCAAGAUUGUGGAGAAGAACGCCAAUCCGCAGUGGAACCAGAUCAUCACGCUGCCUGCCAUGUUUCCCUCCAUGUGUGAAAGGAUGAGGAUCCGCGUCAUGGACUGGGACCGGGUGACUCACAAUGACAUCAUCGGCACCAGCUACCUCUGCAUGUCCAAAAUCUCUGCUCCGGGAGGAGAACUGGAAGAUGAGUUUCCCGCCACUACGAAACUCUUCAAAGCAACAGACAUUGAUGAUGGCCUUGGCUUCCUGCCCACUUUUGGCCCAUGUUACAUCAACCUCUACGGCAGUCCGAGGGAGUUCACCGGAUUCCCUGACCCUUAUGAAGAGCUCAACAGUGGCAAGGGAGAAGGAGUGGCCUAUCGUGGCCGACUGCUGGUGGAACUGGAGACCAAGCUGGUGGAUCACAUUGAGCAGAAGUUGGGGGACAUCCCUGCUGAUGACAUCCUGAGAGUGGAGAAAUACCUCCGUCGGCGGAAAUACAAUCUUUUCGCCGCCUUCUACUCGGCCACCAUGCUGCAGGGCGUGGGUGACGCCAUCCAGUUUGAGGUCAGCAUCGGCAACUACGGGAACAAAUUUGACAACACCUGCCUGCCCCUGGCGUCCACCACGCAGUUCAGCCGGGCGGUCUUUGAUGGCUGUCAGUAUUACUACCUUCCCUGGGGGAACGUCAAACCAGUGGUGGUUCUCUCCUCCUACUGGGAAGACAGCAGCCACAGGACGGAUGCCCAGAAUCUUCUUGCCAGGGCUGCAGACCGGCUGGCUGCCAACUUGGAGCUGGUCCACCUGGCCCACAAAGCCCAGCAUUCUGCCAGCGCCUUGGACACCCUGGUGGCUCAGAUGCUGGAUGAGCUCAUGAUGGACUGCAGCCAGCCCCUGGUUGACGUCACUCAGAAGCCCAACAGCACCCACUUGGACCAAUAUCUCUACCGUUUCCGGACCACCAACCUCGACCAGAUGGUCCAGGCGGCCUUGAGGAUGAAGCAUGAAGACUUUGACCUACAGAUGGUUUUGGAUCAGGCAGAAGAUUGGCUGUCUCGAUUAAAAUCCAUGGUGGAGGAGCCCCAGAACAGCCUCCCGGAUGUCGUGAUCUGGAUGUUGCAAGGCGACCGGCGGGUGGCUUACGCCCGGCUGCCCGCCCGAGAGGUCCUCUUCUCCCACAACGGAGCCAGCUGCUGUGGCAAAAACUGUGGAAGGCUCCAGACCAUAUUCUUAAAAUGUCCACAGGAAGAGGUGGUGGGUCCCAGGAUCCCAGCUCAGAUCCGCGUCCGGCUGUGGCUGGGGCUAGCCGUGGACGAGAAGGAGUUCAACCAGACAGCCGAGGGGAGGCUGUCUGUCUUUGCUGAAACGUAUGAAAACCAAACGAAGCUGGCGCUGGUAGGGAACUGGGGCACAACGGGUCUCACCUACCCCAAGUACUCGGACAUCACCGCCAAGAUCAAGCUACCCAAGGACAGUUUCAAGCCUUCCACCGGUUGGGCCUGGGCUGGAGAUUGGUUUGUCAGCCCCGAGAAGACGCUGCUCCAUGACGUGGAUGCGGGUCACAUGAGCUUUGUGGAGGAAGUCUUUGAGAACCAAGUUCGGCUUCCAGGAGGCCAGUGGAUCCAUAUGGCCGAAGCCUACACAGAUGUGAAUGGGGAGAAGAUUUUGCCCAAGGAAGAAAUUGAGUGUCCUUUGGGGUGGAAGUGGGAAGAUGUGGAGUGGGACACGGAUCUCAACCGGGCGGUGGAUGAGAAAGGCUGGGAAUAUGGCAUCACCAUCCCUCCAGACAGCAAACCAAAGUCUUGGGUGCCCGCAGAGAAGAUGUAUCACACUAACCGGCGUAGGCGUUGGGUGAGGCUCCGCAGAAGAGACCUUGCUCAAAUGGAAGCGUUGAAAAAGUAUAAGCAGGAGGAGCUGGAAGGGGAAGGCUGGGAAUACGCCUCCCUCUUCGGCUGGACCUUCCACAUGAAAUACCGCAAAACGGAUUCCUUUCGCCGUCGGCGCUGGAGGCGUCGCAUGGAGCCCCUGGAGCACACGGGCCCAGCAGCUGUCUUCGCCUUGGAAGGUGCCUUGGGUGGAGUGACAGACGACAAGAGCGAUGAUGGGAAAUCCGUGUCGACUCUCAACUUCGGAGUCAACCGACCGACCAUUUCGUGCAUCUUUGACUAUGGAAAUCGCUACCAUCUACGUUGCUACGUCUACCAGGCAAGGGACCUCCUGGCCAUGGAUAAAGACAGUUUUUCAGACCCUUACGCCAUCGUCUCCUUCCUGCACCAGAGCCAGAAGACGGUGGUAGCAAAGAAUACGCUAAACCCCACCUGGGACCAAACGUUGAUCUUCUACGAGAUCGAGAUCUUUGGGGCUCCCCAAAAUGUUGCUGAAUCCCCUCCCAGCAUUGUGAUUGAAAUCUACGACCAUGACACUUACGGUGCGGAUGAGUUCCUGGGCCGCUGCGUUUGCAAGCCGACUCUUGACCACACGCCGAGAUUGUCCUGGUAUCCCAUCGUGAAGGGCAGCCGGACGGCAGGGGAGCUGCUGGCUGCCUUUGAGCUGAUCCAGAGAGAGAAGCCAGCUGUCCAUCAUGUCCCAGGCUUUGAGACAGAACUGACGUCGGUUCUGGAUGAGUCUGCAGAUUCAGACCUGCCUUAUCCUCCACCGCAGAGGGAGCCCAACAUCUACAUGGUCCCUCAAGGGAUUAAGCCAGUUCUCCAGCGCACGGCCAUCGAGGUAUUGGCCUGGGGUCUUCGAAACUUGAAGAGCUACCAGUUGGCCAGUGUGACUUCUCCCAGCCUUCUGGUGGAAUGUGGCGGGCAGAUUGUCCAGUCAACUGUGAUCAAGAACCUGAAGAAGAACCCCAACUUUGACAUCUCCGUCCUCUUCAUGGAAGUGCGUCUGCCAAGGGAGGAUCUCUACUGUCCUCCCAUCAUCAUCAAAGUCAUCGACAACAGGCCCUUUGGCCGCAAACCUGUGGUGGGCCAGUGCACCAUCCGAUCCUUGCAAGAAUUCUUCUGUGACCCCUACAAAGAAGAUGCGAUAUUUCCUGAAACCCACGCAGAUGACAUGAGCCUCACCCCAAAAGAUGAUGUUCUGAUUGACAUUGAUGACAAAGAACCUCUCAUCGCGGUCCAGCUUGCGGAUGGCAUGACCAGUUCGGCUUUAAUUAACACGCAAACCGCUCGGCCCCGUCUCCAUGUAUGUAUGGCUUCCUAUCUCGCCCCCAGUUACUCUGUUUGUUUGCUUGUCUUUGGUCUCCCAAGCUCAUCUGCAGAAUAUAUUUUUGUUUUUAAAAUAAGUCACUACGGAUUGCAAGUUGGUGAAGGUGACCUGAACCAUCAUUCCAACCAAGGUUGGGUGCGUGGCUCCCCAUGGGAGUCUGGGAUUGGGCAGGUGGCCUUGACGAAUUGGAGUCCAGCCCUCCGUCUGGAUCUGGGCCCCGGGGUUUGCAAAGGAACAUGCCUCAGUUUCCCUGCCGGAGUUGUGGAUCCUCCAUCUCUUUUCAAGAAGAUAUCGGGCAACUAUCGGUCCCAGAUGGCGAUGAAACGCUGGAUCUACGAGACAGAGUUGGAGAACCUCGAAGACUUUGGAGGCCUUUCAGAUUUCUGCCACACCUUUAAGUUGUCCCGCGGCAAAACUCAGGAUGACAGCGAAGAUCCCACCGUUGUGGGAGAAUUCAAGGGCUCGUUUAAGAUCUACCCUCUGCCCGACGACCCCACGGUGCCCGUCCCUCCGCGCCAGUUCCACCAGCUUCCAGCCCGAGGCCCCCAGGAGUGUCUCGUGAGGGUUUAUAUCAUCCGGGCCUUUGAUCUGCAGCCAAAUCGCCAUGGAACAAGCCAUUGCAGGACAAUUCAACAAACGCAAAACUGUAGGAACUCCAUAAAAUCCCAGCCCGUGUUCCUUUCAGCUGACUGGUGGGUUUCUGCUUUCUGUAGGAUGUUUGAGUUGACUUGUACAUUGCCCAUGGAGAAGGACUUGAAGAUCACCCUGUAUGACUAUGACCUCUUGUCCAAAGACGAGAAGAUUGGGGAGACCAUCAUUGACCUAGAGAACCGCUUCCUUUCCAGAUAUGGGGCUCGUUGUGGCCUCCCACAGACGUACUGCAUUUCUGGCCCCAACCAGUGGAGAGAUCAGCUGCGCCCGUCACAACUCCUCCAUCACUUUUCCUUGCAACGCAACGGCAAACUUCCGGUGUACAAGAUGGACCACGUUGUCUUUGGAGAUCAAACGUACCACCUCUCGGACCUGGAGGACAGCAAGGCCCCCAACCCCCACCUGGGUUCUCUGGAAGAACGACUUGCCCUGCAUGUCCUGCAGAAGCAAGGCCUGGUCCCUGAGCAUGUGGAGACCAGGCAGCUGUACAGCCCUCUCCAGCCGGACAUUGAGCAGGGCAAAGUUCAGCUUUGGGUGGACCUGUUUCCAAAAUCCCUUGGGCCACCGGGACCACCAUUCAACGUGACCCCACGAAGAGCAAAGAGGUUCUACUUGCGUUGCAUUAUCUGGAACGCCCAAGACGUCAUCCUGGAUGACCUCAGCAUCACCGGUCAGAAAAUGAGCGACAUCUAUGUGAAAGGGUGGCUGGUUGGUUACGAGGAGAACAAGCAGAAGACGGAUGUGCACUACAGGUCACUGGGAGGUGAAGGCAACUUCAACUGGAGGUUCAUCUUCCCCUUUGAUUAUCUCCCUGCUGAGCAGGUCUGCUCCGUGGCAAAGAAGGAACAUUUCUGGAGCUUGGACAAGACAGAGAAUAAAGUCGCCCCCCAGCUGGUCCUUCAAAUCUGGGACAACGACAAAUUCUCCUUUGAUGAUUACCUGGGCUCCCUCCAGUUGGACCUCAACUGCAUGCCAAAGCCAAGCAAGACUGCUGAAAAAUGCCACUUAGAGCUCCUGGAGACCCGGGAGAGAGACGUCUCGCUGUUUGAGCAGAAGACGGUCAAGGGCUGGUGGCCUUGUGUGACCGAGCAGGAAGGCACCAAGAGCCUCGCAGGCAAGUUGGAGAUGACACUGGAGAUCAUCAAUGAACAAGAGCAUGAAGAACGUCCAGCUGGGCUGGGCCGGGAUGAACCCAACAUGAACCCCAAGCUAGAAGACCCAAAGCGCCCUGAGACCUCCUUCCUGUGGUUCACCUCGCCCUACAAGACCUUGAAGUACAUCUUGUGGAGAAGGUUCAAGUGGGUCUUCCUCAUCUUCCUCCUCGUCUUCAUUCUGUUGCUCUUCCUGGGCAUCUUCAUCUACGCCUUUCCGAACUACGCUGCCAUGAAACUGGUGAAGCCCUUCAGCUGAGCCCACCCCAUCUCCUGGAGCCGGGCAAGAGACCAAGGAGACCUACGAAGAUUGCAGGAGACCACCCUUCCCAUCACACAACUGCAUGGAAGGAAGGAGUACCAACAUUGCCUUGUAGAAACCGCACUAUUGAGAUGAACCCCAGAUCUUAAAACCUGCCCCCUGCCCAAUUUGUCCCAAAUGCUGCUCCGGUGACCUGGCUGGACGGAUGUCCCAAGCUGCAUGACCAUGGUCUUCUCUUCUGAAGAUGAAGCCCUUCCUGGAGAUGCUUGAAGGUGGCUACUACGACCUGCAAGUCCCCAGAAACCUAGGAGACCCCUUGAGAAAGGAGAAGGCUGGCACAGAGAGGACAAGGACCAGGACAUCCAGCAAGGGGCCAAGAUGGCGGUCAUGACUGCACAAUUUGCUAUGUUACAGGCUGGUUGUGAUGUCUUGGACCCUCGCCUGGGUUGCCAGAGCAGAAUUCCCUUCCAGAAGUUUGGACUGCAACUCCCAUCAUCCCCCCUGGGAGGAAAUGGGGGUGAGGUCCAGCACAGCUGUAAGGGGGGUGUGUGUCACUCUUUCUAAGGCACCUUCCUUGCCAGGCCCAGCACAGGAGACCCUCCUUAUGGCCAUUUCGUAAAUGCAGACACAACACACACACACACACACACACCAGUGUUGGGUACACAAUUCUGUCUGGCAGAGGAAUUUGGGACUUUUGUGCACGUGCAAAUUGUGCCCAGGUAAAAUGGGAGAGGCUCUUUUGCACCCGAGUCAUCUUCACUUGACCGUCCCUCCUCCACGGACGCCGCAAGGGCCACCAACCCUUCAAAGACGGCUGGGCUGUUUCCCACCUUUCAUGUCCCCUAUGGGUAGUCCUCCACUUACAACCAUUCGCUUAGUGACCAUUCGAAGUUACAACAGCACUGACAAAAAGGGACGUAGGACCGUUUUUCACGCUUACGACCCCCUGCAGCAUCCCCACGGUCACAGGAUUUACAUUGGGGUGCUUGGCACCUGACUCACGUUUACGACGGUCGCAGUGUCCCGUGGUCACGUGAUCCCCUUUGGCGACCCUCUGACAAGCAAAGUCAACAAGGAAGGAAGCCAGACUCACUUAAGAACCGGGCCAUUCAUUUAGCAACUGCAGUGAUUCACUUAACAAACGUGGCAAGAAAAGUUGUGAAAGAGUGAGAAGCUCACUUAAUUUUGGGCUCCAUUGCGGCCGUAAGUGGAGGACUGUCUGUACUUCAAAGCCAGGUGCAAUCGAGAUUUGAGGGUUUCCAGAAAUGUCCUCCGGGUGUCUAAGAAGAGGCUGGAAUUCUUGAGAAGGCCACUGCAGCCCUUUCAUCAGCCAGGUCCAUAACUGGGGAUCAUCCCCCAAAAUUGUAACCAAAACCCCUUCCUGGUCUUUGUACGUUCACACAUGGAAGGGAUCUCCUGUGCCACCAUCUCUGCUGCCGAACAGGACAACUCGCCGCAGCCAAUUCACCACAACCGGCUCUCCGCAGCCAAGUCUCCACGGUCCACUUGCCACAGGCAAUUCACCUGCCGUAGCCAAUUCACCAGGGUAACUCGCCGCAGCCAAUUUAACAUAACAAUUCAAUUUCAUGAUUGAAAACAAAUACAAAACCGUUUUAAUGUUUGCCAUUCACCUUCCACUCUGUCCCUCCUUUUUCAUCCUUUCUUUAAGGGUUCUAUUCCACCAUCACCUUGAUCUUACUGUAACUCUUGUCCCGCGGAGAGUUGAUCGUGGUGAGUUUGGCACCUGAGACACAAACCAGAAUCCGUCUCUUCAAUGCGCUUCCGAGCUGCUCUGGAUCCGGGUCUCUUAGCCAGGGAGGGGGUGGCGGGUUUUCCUUCUCACCUGUAUCUGCCUUCGAAGCGAUAUUUGCACUACAGUUACUCACGAAAUGCUAUUAAAUCUGGAUGCUGGCCAUG